AUGAUGGAUACAAUACAAUAUACCGUUUUUGAGUUUCGUAGAAAUCCUCCGUGGCGUAGCAGCACUGCCCGACUGGAGACAGAGAAGCUGGCAGAUCUUGCCCAGUCGGCGUCCAUUGUGGUUUUUCUCAAGCAAAGGGGCCCGCUGCUCGCCAGCCUGCCGUGCUCAGAUCAGAUCUUUGUGGCCAAGCUUCCCCUGAGGUCUCCGCCGCGACAGAACUUUGAGUAUCUGGAGUCGCUGUUGCAGUUCGGCAUUGCUCCGUACUUUUCGGUGCUCACGUCAGCCGCCACCUCGCAGUCCGUGGCUUCUACACAGAAAAAGAUCUCCGAGCUUACCCUUUCGUUCCAGCAUCUGCAGCAGACGAUCCAGAUCCCGAAUCUCGCCACCACCGCGCAUCCGGCCAUUUUGCAUGCGGUGCAGCAAAACCAGCAUCUCGCCUCGGUCUCGAUCGACGUUCUCGACGAGCACACCAAAACAGACUCCAAGAUCCUCAACGAGAUGCAGGCGAUCGUGAACGAGUGGGUGAAACAGGUCCAGAACGUUGCCCAGCUGAGCCACGAGCCUUCCGACGGACCCACGCUGGCAGAAGUGAAUUUCUGGGCCUCUAAGGAGACGGCUCUGCUGUCUAUUCAGGAACAGCUAAAAAGCCCGGAAAUUCAGCUCACCCUCGACGUUUUGCGCUCUGCAAAGAGAUACCACGCCACAGUGACGUUUUCAGACACUGGCAUCAGAGACGCACUGAAUCUGGCCGCUAAAUACAACCAGCUGCUCAAAGAUCUCCCCGUCAACGAUCUUUUAUCCGCACAAUCGCUGGACAAAGUCGGCGAGGCCGUUUCUGCCAUCUUUGAGCACUUGCGCAAACUCCGGGUGACCAUGUAUCCGAUCCAGCGAGCAAUCGAGCUCUGUCAGACCAUCGUCGAGGACAUUAUGCACAAACUGAUUGGUAUCCUACACAAUGCAAAGGUGAUGGAGCUAGCGUAUGCCGAUUUCAAGCUUAUAAGCGAUCAAGUUGACAAUCUACUGGGGAAUCUCGAUGAGUGUAUCAAAGACUUCACCACAAUGGCUCGUGAGUUGCUUCGAAAAAGAUCAGACAAAUUCAUUGCCGUGAGGAUUGUGGUCCCGAGCGAGCUGAAAGAAGCCGUCUCGAAAGCUGCUGAGUUCAGGUCCCAGCAUGAAGAGUUGAAAGAAAUUGUGUCAAACCUGGUCAAAGCCACAAGGGUGACUGAAUACCUGGAAGAAGUUGACUAUGCUUAUAGUGCUGUGGAGACUGCCAGUCCCCUUGACAUGGGAACAGAAGGCCAGAGAGCAUGGACACAGGUAGAGAGGACGUACCAAAAGAGAGUGAAUGCGCUGGAAGAUAAGCUGAUUGCGUUUCUACGCCAAACGCUCCAGGCAAUUUCGGCUCCAAACGAGAUUUUUACGAUAUUUGAGCAGUACUCAUUUUUGCUUAGACGACCCAACAUCAGAGCCGCGAUAUUUGACCACCAGCAUGAGCUAUUGCAGGUGAUUCAGGACGAUCUAGUGUCCCUCCAGCAGGAGUUCAAACGACAGAAAAGCACACAGAAAAUGCUCCAGCUUCGAGACGUUCCGCGCUUCAGCAGCAUGAUUGCCUGGAUCAGCCAAGCAAGGUACAAAAUUGAGUUUCUGGUUACGCGCAUGGAACUGGUUUUGACAAAAGACUGGGCAAAGUAUCCAGAAGGCGCAAAAAUCGAGAAUGAAAUGAAGUUGCUCAUGGAGAAGCUGGACCUGGACAAGUGCUACCGCGAUUGGCUAUCCUCUUUCAAGCAAAAUAUCAAAGAUACAACUGUGAAACAGAAAAUACUCAAGAUAGAGCGCACAGAGUCCAAGGAACUCAGAGUUAAAGUCAACUUGACACCUGCUGACGCAGAGCUAUUCAAGGAAGUCAACUUGCUCCAAAUAAUGGGCUUUGAAAUUCCCCGUAACGUCGCCUCUCUUGCCCAUACUUUGGAGACCAUAUACCCCAUUGCAACAAGUCUCAACAAUUCAGUGAUCAAUCUCGAGUCUAUUUUGCAACAGGUCGAUCAGUUGGGAGAGCUCAAAGUACUGCUUCAGCCGUACCUAAACACCAUUUUCGAAGGCAUCAGAUUUCUUUCACAGUCUGAAUGGAUUGCGCUGGAAAAUGCGCAAGUCUUAAUUGAUUCAGGUCUAACGAAUCUCGAUGAGGUGAAGGUUUGCGAAGAAGCUGAGAAAUUCCAGUCUCAAAUUCAGACUCUCUUGCAAAAGUUUGAGUUUUUGGAAUUAUCAAGAGAACAGAUCAAAGCUAUUCUUAAUGACUUGACAACAUGCAACUACACCGAGGACGGGUUCCGGCGCAACAUCGACGCGUUGCAACGAGAUGUCAACAAGUUUGCGCUACAAGGAUUUACAAAUAUCGAGGAGUUUACCAGUGCCAUGAAUUUCGCAGUCGAGGACAUCCUUGUUCAUAGAUGCCAGUCUGAGUUGGCACUUUGGAAGGCAAGAUUAUAUGGCAUGGAGGGAGCCAUCCCGGAUAAAAUCCACACAAUAGUUAUGCAGGACUUUAAGCUUUCUGUUCGUCCUCCUUUGGAACUUUCCAAUAUGUCAAUUGUUGCGGAUCUCAAUAAGUGCUUGAACAUUGUCACCGGCCAACACCGAUUAACCUCUGGCCAAUUUGACGUCUCCAUUGAUCAAAGCCCCAACUCGUUCUCUAAUCUACAAAGCAUGCUCCAAAGGCCCUAUUUCGAAUGUGUUGAGGAGCUUGGCCACGUUAUGGUCUCGGCCACAAGUCUGGUGGGUAAAUGGCUUCAGCUGCAAUCGCUGUGGAGCAUUGAAUUUGAAGAUUUGAAAAAAGCCUUUGGCACCAAUCUCUCACAAUGGCGUGAUGCGCUUCUUGACGUGAAGAACCUCAAGGAAGCUUUUGACACCGUGGAGACGUUCACCAAAAUUGGGCCGAUCAAACUGGAGUACGAGCAUGCCCAGAGGAAGGUGAGCGCUCAUUACAACACAUGGCAGCGAAAUAUACUGGACGUCCUUACACAGCUAGUCUCGAAACAAAUCAGCUGCACUCUGGAAGAAAUCAGAGCCCAACGGAGAGCAGUUGAAACAGCUCCGGUUGAUUUCGGCUCCGCAAAAGCAGUCAUAGCUCUCGUGGACCUUCUCUACCAGACAAGGAAUUAUGUUCAGGAGGGCUCCACCAAACUUCAAACGAUAGACUCUUGCAAUCAUCUUUUGAUCCUUUUCCGCGUCAAGUUCGGGCACGAUUGGGUUCAUUAUGAGCAGCUUCAAAAAGCUUUCUUUUCCCUAAGCAGUUUGGUAGAUGCAAAAAUCCAGCUGGUUCUAUCAAACAUGGCUACGGUUGUCAGCACAGUGGAAAAAGAAGCCUCUAAGCUCAAGGAGUCCAUUGACUCCCUGACUAAUCAAUGGGACAAUGACAAACCACUGGGGAAGAAGCUUGAGCCAGAGGUGGCUCUUUCGUCAUUGAGUGGGUUUGAGAAAGCCUGCCAGAGGCUGCUCAAGGAACGGUCAAAGCUUCUGAAUGCCUCCAAGGUUCUUGAUCUCCAACUGCUUAUAAAAGAUACGUUAUCAUCUGUUCUAGAAGAAAUUGGGGACCUAAGGAGGUUCUGGUCGAUUAUCGACGGACUACAAGUUUCUUUAACAGAAUUACGCUCCCAGGAAUGGUCGUCUGUCACCAUCUCUUCUCUUCGAAAAUUGUUGGAAGACAUUUUAGCGCGUUCUAGGGCCCAGCCGGCUGCCAUAAGACAGUACUCUGCUUUUGAGGAAUUUCAAGGAAAACUCAAGUCUUACAUCAAAGCACUGCCAAUUAUUGGAGGACUACGCUCUGACGCGAUCAAUGACCGUCACUGGACUGAGAUAUUUAAAGAGCACACUCUCAAAGAGCCACCGGCCAAGAUGACUCUGGGCCACGUCCUGGAUUUGGAUCUUGCUGCAAACGAGAAAUAUUUCAAGUCAGCGAUACACAAGGCGCAAGGAGAAAAGAACCUGGAGAAAUCUAUCAAUAAUAUACAGAAGAACUGGGAACAGCUCUCUUUCCAGUUGUUCCAGUUCAACGAUGAGUUCAGGCUGAUCAAAGGCUGGGAUACCUUGUUCCAGACCAUUACAGAGGAUCUCAACACUCUGUGGUCGAUGAAAAUGUCGCCGUACUACUCUGCAUUUGAGAAAUCAAUCAAUCAGCUCGAGGAGAAACUGUCCGACGUGCAAUCGGUUUUGGAUAUGUGGAUUGACGUACAGCGCCAAUGGAUAUAUCUGUCUGGUGUGUUUGAAAAGAACGAUGAAAUAAAGAAGCUGCUACCAUUAGAGUCAAACAGAUUUUACAACACAUCUGCUGAGUUUCACUCGCUGAUGAGGAAGGUGUACAAAUCUGUGCUGGUGGCUGAGGUGAGCAACAUUCCGAACGUCAAGCAAGUUCUGUCCAAGAUUUUCGAAACUCUGGAGAAGAUCAAGAAGUCCUUGAUAGGGUAUCUGGAAAAGCAGAGGGACAUUUUUCCUCGCUUCUAUUUCAUUGGUAAUGAAGAGCUGCUUGAGAUCGUUGGCAAUUCGACCAACAUUCCUCUGAUUUCAACAUAUCUACAAAAAAUGUUUACUGGAAUAGCGGGCACGCUCUACAAUCCAGAGGUGUCCAAGAUUGAAGGUAUUAUUUCGCCAGAAGGGGAGAAGGUUAUUUUGAACUCACCGGUCUCCUUGGUUGCUCAUCCGUCUCUCACAGAAUGGCUACGUGAGCUGGAAACAGAAACCAAACGAACUUUAGCUCAUUUGUUGCAACGUUCGCUGAAACAGCUAUUCACCGUUUGGGACUCAGAUGCUUUAAAAAGAAGUCUUGUUCAAUGGAUUGAAGAGUAUCCGAACCAGAUCCUGAUUCUCUCAUUGCAGGUGUUUUGGACGCAGCUGGUGGAAUCCACUGCUGAUCAAAGAACUUGUGUGGAAAAAUACAGCGAAGUUCUUUCAAUCUUUGCAGAACUCAUACUCCAAGAUUUGUCGUCCUUGCAACGAAGAAAGUACGAAAACCUAAUUAUUGAGCUUGUGCACCAACGCGACAUUUUAGCGCGACAAAAAGGGAAGAACUUGAAGUCCUACGACUGGCUGUCACAGCAGCGCUACUACUUACUAGAGACAGACAACGUGCUUGAGUCUGUGGUGGUGAAACAAGGCAACUGGGCGGCGCACUAUGGAUUUGAGUAUCUCGGAGCUCCUUCCCGUCUUGUCUACACUCCGCUGAUGGACACCUGCCACCUUGCUAUGACCGAGGCAUUGAACGAAAGGUUAGGAGGCUCUCUUGUUGGACCUGCAGGUACAGGAAAAACCGAGUCUAUCAAAGCCCUAGGACAAAACUUGGGAGUGAUGGUGCUGGUUUUCUGUUGUGACGAGACGUUUGAUUUUCAAAGUGUCAGCAGGAUCCUGAUUGGUAUCUGUCGUGUAGGCUCGUGGUGUUGUUUUGAUGAGUUCAAUCGACUGGACAAGAGAAUGCUUUCUGCCAUUUCCACGCAGAUUGAAAAGAUUGAGACUGCUUUGGGAGCUGACGACGGCGUGGAAAUUGAGAUUCUGGGCAAGAAGUUUCAGGUGGCGGCAGGAUCAGGUGUGUUUAUCACCAGCAACCCAAACUAUGCCGGAAGAUCUGCGCUUCCGGACAACUUGAAGACCAAAUACCGUACUUUUGCCGUUGUGAAGCCAGACGAGAGCAUCAUUUGCGAGGUGAUAUUGAUAUCUCAGGGUUUCAACUCUGCCAAGAGAUUAGGCGAGCAAGUGGUGGAUUUCUUCAGGAGGCUGGCAUCGAGCUGUUCAAACCAGCCUCACUACGAUUUUGGACUGCGUGCCUUGAAAAGCACACUGGCAAGAUGCGGCGGGUUCCGUAGAGCGCUCAGAGAGCAGUCGGUUGAUUCCGAGAUGGAGAGCAAAAUUGUCGUCCACAGCUUGAACACGGUCACUCUGCCCAAGCUCCUCGUUCAGGACGAGCCUUUUUUCGCCGAACAUAUCGGUGUAUUUGGCUGUGACGAAGGUCUGGAGACAGCAGCUGACGAGCUCGUUCCACAUCUGAAGGAGAUUGCUGCCGAGAAAGGACUGGCAGCAUCCUCGUCAUGGCUGAAGAAAGCUAUACAAGUUUUUGAGAUACAGCGGUCGCAUCAUGGAUUUAUGAUGGUCGGAGACGCCGGAUGCGGCAAGACCAUGCUCUUUGAGUGUCUUUUGGAGGCCAUGAGGCGAUUAACGGGGGUUGAGAACUCCGUGUACACCAUUGACCCUAAGGUCUUGGGAAAAGAACCAUUGUAUGGCUCGUUGGACUAUGCAACAAGAGAAUGGACUGACGGUGUCUUCAGUACGAUUUUGCGGCGCGUGGAACUGAAUCUGCGUCGGGAAAAAUCCAAGAACAUCUGGAUCGUCUUUGACGGGGACGUCGACCCUCAGUGGGUCGAAAACCUCAACAGUGUUCUCGACGACAACAAAAUCCUAACUCUGCCCAGCGGAGAGCGGAUUCCUUUGCCAGAAAACGUGAGGAUUGUGUUUGAGGUCGAGAAUCUGAACUUUGCCACUCCAGCCACGGUCAGUCGGUGUGGAAUUGUUUCGUUUGGAAACCUGCUUUUCGGCUUUGAGGACUAUUAUGCCAGUCUCAUGUGCUCGUUCCGCAAUCAGUCACUUGAAAACGAAAUGGCCGGAAACGUUCUGGCUGGCUCAGUGGACGCCAUCAAGCAGAAGUUUGCCGACGACGUGCAGGAACUGCUUCCCGCAUCUGUGCUUCAGCAGGUAUGGCUGGAGACGAAGAGCUAUGCUCACGUGAUGGACCGCGGUUUGAGCAUGCUUGACACCUUUUUCGGCUUGAUGUCACAGAGACUGGAGAAACUGGCCAUGCAAGCUACCGUUCUCCAUGCGGACACUGUUCCAUACGUUGCCCGCUCAAUUCUGCAUUCGCUGAUAUGGUCCUUUGCCGGAGAUUUGACAUUGGAGAGCAGGGAGAAAUUCUGCAGCUAUGUGCAGACCUUACCUGGGCUGGCGCGGUUCAGUGCACCAAACAUGCUCUACUCCGACAUCUCAAUGGCUGACUACAAUUGGUCGCCCUGUGAAGUUGAAGGGUGCGACCUGGAGCCUCACAUGAUCACAAGACCAGACAUCGUCAUUCCAACGCUGGACACCAGCGUCCACGAGAACCUUAUUUUUUCGCUCGUGAGAAAACACGAAACCGUGAUACUCUGCGGUCCUCCCGGCUCCGGAAAGACGAUGACGCUGAUGGCUGCGCUUAGAAAGUCGCACCAAUACAUUUUUGUUGGCGUGAACUUCUCCAAGGACACAACGCCAGAACUGGUCGUGAGGGCCCUGGAGCAGCACUGUGUCUAUCAAAACAGCCCAACAGGGCUCAAGCUCGUUCCUGCCGUGGCCGAGAAAUGGGUGGUUCUAUUCUGUGACGAAAUCAACCUUCCUGCCUUCGACGAGUAUGGCUCGCAGACAACUAUAUCGUUUUUGCGACAACUGGUGGAGAAAAACGGAUUUUGGAGGAAGAAGGACGGGGCCUGGGUCAGUCUCGGAAACAUCCAGCUUGUUGGAGCCUGCAACCCGCCUACGGAUCCCGGAAGAAACGUUUUGAACGGCAGGUUCCUGAGACGUUGUUCUGUGAUCAUGGUGGACUAUCCUGGUACACAGUCACUGAACCAAAUCUACUCUACAUUCAACAAAGCGCUGCUCAAGUGUGUUCCUGAUCUACGAGGAUACGUGCAAUCGCUGACCGACUCGAUGAUCCAGGUUUACAGCUCGUCCAAAACGCAUUUCACACACAGAGCACACUACAUAUACUCCCCAAGAGAGCUGACUCGUUGGGUCCGUGGUAUUUACGAGGCGGUGAGAUCCUCAACACAGCUUUCUUUGGAAGGUCUUCUCCGCAUAUGGGCCCAUGAAGCGCUGAGACUGUUCUCUGACCGUUUGAUCACACAGGAGGAAAGAAAUUGGACCUAUGAGAUGAUCAAAUCGACACUCACUAGAAACUUCCCGUACAUUGACAUACAAAGCUCACUGGAGAUGCCAAUUCUGUAUUCCGGCUGGCUGUCGUACGACUACAGCCCUGUUUCCGAAAAGGAGCUUGGUGCGUUCCUCGAUCAGCGACUAAAAGUUUUCAGCGAGGAGGAAACAAACGCUUCUCUCGUGCUCUAUCCGGACUUGCUAGACCAUGUGUUGCGCAUAGAUCGUGUCCUCAAAAAUCCCCAAGGCCACAUGAUUCUUGUGGGUCCAAGUGGCAGCGGCAAGACCACGCUUACUAAGUUUGUCGCAUGGAUCAACGGACUCUCCAUCCACCAGCUGAGUGUUUCCCGGAAAUACACUUUGGCGGAAUUCGAUGCGACCUUGCGGGAACUUCUUCGACGGGCAGCCGACGGCGACAAGUUAUGUUUCAUUAUGGACGAGUCUGCUAUUCUGGAGACCGCGUUUCUGGAGAGAAUGAACACUCUUCUUGCCAACGCAGAGGUUCCUGGACUAUUUGAAGGAGAAGAUUACAACACACUGAUGACUCUUUGUUCACAGAAGUCUCAAGAGCAAGGGCUUUUUUUAGACUCCGACGCGGAACUGUACACCUGGUUCACCGAGCAGGUGGCCAAGAACCUUCAUGUGGUGUUCACAAUUACAGACCCUUACUCGUCAAAUGCUCCGCCUCUCAUUUCGUCUCCGGCGUUGUUUAAUAGAUGUGUGAUCAGCUGGAUGGGCGACUGGAGAACAGAGUCCCUGGAGACAGUGGCCAAAGGAUUAUUGGCUGUUCUGCCGAUUAAUAAUUCACAGUACCACGCGCCUCCUGGAGUGGACGUGGCUGGACUGCGUGAUGCCGUCGUGAAUGUUCUGGUGUCUAUACACAGUGGAUUCAAAAACAGGAGCCCUACUCCUAAUGAGUUUUUCAGUCUGGUUAAUAAUUUCAUCAGUUCGUUCAAACAGAAAGAAACCGAGCUUCAAGAGCACCAAUCGCACAUCAAUGUUGGUCUGGACAGGCUUAGAGAGACAUUCCUCGAAGUCAAGAAGCUGAACGAAAGUUUGUCUAUUAAAAAGACACAGUUGGACAACAAAAAUAAGGAGGCAAGAGAAAUGCUCGACAAGAUGAUCACCGAUCAGAACGAGGCAGAGCGCAAACAGGAAGCGUCGAUCGAGAUCCACAAACGGUUUGCCGAGCAGGAACGCAUUAUUAGCGACCGUCGGAACGUCGUUCUUGAAGACCUCAGAAAUGUGGAGCCUCUGAUUUUAGAGGCACAAAAGGGAGUCAAAAAUAUCAAGAAACAGCACCUCACAGAGCUCCGUUCGAUGAACAAUCCUCCUGAGGCAGUGAAGAUGACCCUUGAGUCUGUGUGCAUUCUUUUGGGAUACGACGUGAACACGUGGCGAGAUGUCCAGCUCAUAAUUAGAAGAGACGACUUUAUUGCAAGCAUUGUUGGGUUCGACAGCGAAGUGCAUCUUACCAAGGAGUUGGCGGACUUUAUGGAACGCGAAUUUAUCUCAAGACCAGGGUACAAUUUUGAGGCAGUUAACCGGGCCAGUAAAGCUUGUGGACCGCUCUUACUUUGGGUGGAAGCUCAACUUAGAUAUGCUUCUGUUGUUGAGAAGGUUCAGCCUCUGAGGAACGAAGUGCGCGUGCUGGAAAACGAGCUUAUUGAUACCAAGGCUAAAUUGAUAGCGAUCGAUGGAAUGAUCAACGACUUGCAGGAGAGCAUUGAAGUUUACAAGGAAAAGUACAGCGAGACUAUUCGUGAAAGCGAGAAAAUCAAGGCCGAGAUGCAAGACGUGGAAACCAAAGUUGGACGUAGCACGUUACUUUUGGAGAGCUUGCGAGAGGAGAAAGUCAGAUGGGAGGCAAGUGUGGUGACGUUCCAGGGCCAGCGAGAGUGUCUUGUUGGUAACACUCUUUUGGGAGCAGCCUACACGUCAUAUCUGGGACGCUACAACGAGCUCGAACGACGUGAGUAUUUAGAGCUCUGGAAGACGGAGCUCGCCAAAUACGCAAUUCCAUUCGACACAACGUUUAAUUACCGCGCGUCGAGUUUGAAGCCUGACCAGGAGCUUACUUGGCAAACUAAUGGUCUUCCAAACGAUGAGCUUUUCAUCGGGAACACCAUGAUGAUGUCUGCAGACAAGAGGUUUGCGUUCCUUAUCGACCCAUCGGGCUUGAUGGUUGACUUCAUGGAGAAACACUACCAGGACAUUGUGGUAACCAGCUUUUUGGACGACGGGUAUGUGAAGCUACUCGAGAAUUGCAUAAGAUUUGGAGGCUCUAUUCUCAUUCGCGACGGUGAACACUACGAUCCGAUUAUCAGCCGCGUGAUUGCCAGAGACGUUGAAACAUCCGGUGGGCGCAGUCUUGUCAAGCUUGGAUCAAGGGAGAUUGAUCUUUCUCCUAAUUUCCAUCUUUUCGUGCACACCAAAGACGCGUCUGCUUAUAUUCCGCCAUAUUUGGAAGCACGGAUGAAUGUUCUCAAUUAUACCUUUACCAGCAGUUCCCUCGUGAACCAGGCGCUAAACAUGACUCUCAACAGUGAGCAGCCAUCGCUCGAGCAGCAGCUGGUCGAGCUUUCUAAGCUCAAUGGUGAAUAUAAGGAGUCGUUAUACAACCUGGAAAACGAUCUCCUGUUGAGCUUGAGCGACACUCGAGUGAGCAUCCUGGAGAACGACGAGCUCGUCAACAAGCUUGAGUCGAUCAAACAUCAGGCUGCAUCCAUCAAGACCAAGCUAUCGCGGUCGUCAGAAGUCCUGGACCAGGUGAAGCAGGUGAGAGACAAGUAUACGAUUCUUGGUGAAGCUUUCUGCAACGUACAACUUCUUCUUGACCGUCUCUGGAAACUCAACAGAAUCUACCAAUUUGCUUCCGUCGAUCUCGUUGUGAUAUUCAAGAAGAUGCUGAUGCAGAACAAAGGGCGCCCCGUUUCUGAAAUGGUGAAAGCUUUCGGCAAGGAGGCGUACUCAUCACUGUCCAGCUCGCUGCUGCAAGAAGACCGCGCUAUUUUCGAAGGCCUGCUGAAGGAAUACGUUGGCGACUUUGAGCAUUCUGGUGAGUACGACAUUUCGCAGUUGCUCGAGUCAAACAAGUAUUUCAUCCUGCGCACUUCUGGCGGUUUCGAUGCAAGCUCUACCAUCCACUCCCUAGCACGGACCGCUCAACAACAUGUCGAGUCUUACUCCAUGGGAUCCAGCGAGGGAGUUGAGAUUGCGCGCAGACUUUUUGUUACUGCGCUGAAAAAAGGCAGCUGGCUUCUGAUUGAAAACGUGCACAUGGCUCCUGACUUUGUCGAGAUUAUUCCCAAGCUUCUGGAAGCAGAAAUCCACAGCGAGUUCCGCCUGUUCCUGACCAGCCAGACAGACUCGCACAUCGCCACGACGGUAGUCAAGAUGUGCAAGCAGGUCAUUCUGGAGAGCAAUCCUGGAAUACGAACGGUUCUCCAGGAGACUCUCAUCAGAGCCAACGGCGUUCUAAACCUCAGAAAAGCUCAGCAUCCAGACCACGCGAGAAUGUACGUUUUGCUGGCCUGGUUUUACGGGAUUCUCAGAGAGAGGCUGCGGUUUGUGCCUGUUGGGUUCAAGGAGCACUACGAGUUCACGCAGAGCGAUUUGUCAUCGGCCAAACAUGUGUUGGACCAGAUAAUUUCCAGGAGUAUUUCGUGGGACAUGCUGUCGAACUUGAUCGGUCGUGUUGUCUUUGGAGGAAAAGUCUCUGACACGGAGGACCUCAAAGUCAUUACCGACAUAUCUGCCCUUCUGUUCAACUCUAACGUCCUGGAUUCGCAGAGCAUUGCCGUUGACGGGUCCUCUAUCUAUCUACCGGAGUCGGACAGCGUUGACGACUGCAUCCUGUGGAUCAACUCUCUUCCAGAAAUCGAGCCUGUCAAUUGGCUUGGACUAAACACGGACGUUGAGAGGAUCGUGGAAGAAAAACAAGCGUCCAGAACCGAAGCUGAAAUACUGAAAUUAAAGUAG